AUGUGCAAGGACUGUCAGCAGACGCUUCAUCCCGAUGGAUAUGCUGGCGCUAUCGAUGAGUGUCGUAAAACAAAGGACUGGACAAGACAGAAGCCGUUGAGCUUUCGAUCCAUACGACAACGUAUAGGCAGUGAUCUGGCUGGAGAUUUAGUCGCAUGGCAACGAACCACCCGGAAACUAAUAUCGCAUGGAGUGUUGGCGAUGUUCCGCUCGGAUACAAUGACAGAGACAAAUGUGGCCAUGAUACCGCUGAUGUACCAUCCCGACAGCAAGGCCAAGUUCAAAAUCCUCCCUGGCCGCGGGCCCGUGUUUGUGGGAGACCUAUCCAGGGAGGAGAGGAUGGAUUUCGAGUUGAAGAAACUUCAGAGCAAUACCAAGUCUAGGGCUGUGAUCGUGAUACAGUUUCACUUGAUUGAUAGCAUUAGCCACCACAAGAUAGCUCGGGUGCCCUGCGGUGAAGUGGUGGUGGAGAGGCAGUUGUUCAGUCACGCUUACCAGGCUUUGAAUUCGAUGGGCGGAUCCUUCGAAGAUAUGGUCGAACGACUGAAUGCAGAUACAUUCUGGGGACGCCAAAGCUCCCGGAAAACAUCGCUAACGGCCAGUAGUAGAUUCGCCAUACACUAG